AUGAAACCACUUCCCUUCCCAUUCCCGUUCAACAUCGGCACAGAUGUCGUCCACAUCCCUCGAAUAGGCCGUCUCCUCGCCCAACCAAACUACCUCCCCCGCUUCACGCGCCGCAUCCUCUGCGACUCCGAACAAACCGACUUCAAGACCCGCUUCGGCGAAUCUCUUCAAGCGCACGCCGCUUACCACCAGCAGCCCCCGCCUGUUCCUGCCGAUAUAACGCGCUGGCUGGCCGGGCGCUUCGCGGCUAAGGAGGCGGCGCGCAAGGCGGCGCCGGAGGGCGCGGCGUCGAUUGGAUGGAAGGACGUGAUGGUGCGUGUGCAGGAGGACGGAGGAGCGUUUGGAGUCGGUGUGAGCCGGAGACCUGAGAUUGUCUAUCUUCCGCCUGAAGAUGGGAGCCAUGAAGGGAGGGUCGCGCGGUUGUCGAUUUCUCAUGACGGAGAGUAUGUUGUCGCGACGGUUUUGGCGGCCGGGUGA